GUGGUUUAUGACCCGAUUUUCUCGUUGCGAGCGGGGCCUACACAGUAUACGGGGCCGGAGAGGUUGAGACCACCCCCUUGUCAGGUGACUGAUAUACCUGGUUGCGAUGCGGUUGUAAUAUCACACAACCAUUAUGACCACUUGGACUUGUCAACUAUUGAGGCGAUCUUCAAAAAGUUCCCAAAAGCGAGGUAUUUCGUUCCUCAGGGAAACAAGAACUGGGUCUCUACUCUUGGUAUACCCAGAGAUAGGAUACACGAACUUGAUUGGUGGGAGAAACGGGAAUACAGCGUGCAGGACUUUGGACAUACAACAUCGGAGACUGCAAGUGAAGAUGUGCUAUUACGCUUCACCUCUGUUCCGGCCCAGCACAAUUCUGGACGAGCUGCCCUAGACCAGGGGACUACUCUCUGGUGUGGCUGGGUCAUCGAACAACUUCUUGUCUCGAAGGACGAAGCCGAGACGUCGAAAAUGAGAAGAAACGGCGUGAUAUAUCAUGCUGGGGACACGGGAUAUCGGAGAACAGCAAAGUCUGAAGCUGUCUGCCCCAUUUUCAAAGACAUCGGCGAGAAAUUCGGACCAUUUGACCUGUCCUUUGUGCCGAUAUGGAGAGGCGGAACUCUCGGUUUCAUCUCACAUCUUGGGCUAAGGCUAUCCCACAACGACAUUCCUUCUGCGUUGCACGCAUCGCCGGUUGAUGCGAUUGAUAUACACAACGAUGUAUUGUCCAAGAAUACCGUCGCCAUACAUUUCGGAACUUUCGUUGGGUCGGAAAAUGAAUCGUUAGAGGCGGUUAUGGAGUUUGAGGAA